AUGUCCAACACGAAGAAGCGGCAAUUGGACGCAGCCAGCCAGUCCAACAAACCGAAGCGAGCGAAAUUGGACGAAUCGCAUAAGAAGGCUGAACGUGCUACCGAGAAAUCAGACCAACCUUCUACUUUGCUUGUCCAAGAAGAUGUCGACUUUCCUAGAGGCGGUGGUACCAACUUGACUCCGAUGGAGGUCAAGACCAUCCGCGCCGAAGCAGCGAAGGAGGCAGACGAAGUCCUAUUCAAGGAGGCAGCCACGAGAAAGUCGCUUAAAGGACGCAAGUCAACCAUCAAAAGCAAGGCGAAAGGCGGGGAAGCUACGAAGCCUGAUACAAUACGCGUAGAGCAUCUCAAUUACAAGGCAAGCCAUUGCUUGACGCGCAUCACUACGGGGAUGAAAAUACUUGGGCAAAUAGUAGCUGUUCAACCCCUUGCUCUCAUAGUUUCACUACCCAAUCAACUCAUGGGACAUAUACCAAUCACCCAAAUAUCCUCUCAGCUUACAAGCGCUUUAGAAGCCAUGGACGAAGGCGAUGAGACAGAAUCCGACGCUAUGGAGUCCGAUAGUCGCGCUAGCCCUUCUCGCCCGCACAAGCCGCGCAUUCCGGAGUUAUUCGACAUAUUUCAUGUGGGACAGUUCGUUCGCUGCGUGGUCACAGCAAUCCACACCCCUGGAACGACGGAUAACACAGGUCUUGGAUUGAAAGGCCGAGGAGACCUCGAGAAGGCCAGUCGGAGAGUGGAGCUCAGCGUAGCCCCGCAUCUAGUGAAUGCUGGCGUCGUCAAGGCUGAUUUAAAACCUGGUUUUACACUGUCUGCGGCAAUAAAAAGUGUAGAGGAUCACGGCUACGUUUUGGAUUUAGGCAUGGGUGACGGAAUAUCCGCGUUUCUCUCUUUUGAGGCGGCAAAACAAGCCCCCUGGAAUACAGAAGCUGGCUUAUGUGUUGGCCAAGUGGUCGAUGUCAACAUCGUUUCUUUGGCAAAGAGUGGUAGAACUUGCACGGUGUCCGUAGAUCCUGAAGUCUUCACCUCUGUAUCGCUGUCGGAGGUCAGCAAUGUUUCCUCUAUCCUGCCGGGUGCCAUGGUGCAAUGCCUGAUCACGGCGGUCGUGCCGAGCGGCCUGAAUCUCCAAGUGCUUGGGUACUUUGAGGGGACCGUGGACCUCUUCCACUUACCGUAUGGAACUCCUGGAGACACGUACAAGAACGGUAGCAAAAUCAAGGCGAGGAUCUUAUACGAUCUCAGUGCUACUAGUCCCCGUCGAUUUGCAUUAUCAUUAGCCGAACACAUCUUAACGUUGAGCAUGAAAGGCAGAGCUGCUGCGGUCGAUGGCUCGUCAAAACCGCUUUCACUUCUGCAGGAUGAUUUCCCUGUCGGGACUACCUUGGAGGCCGCGAAAGUGAUACGGGUAGAACCUGAACGAGGCCUAGUGCUCGAGGUUUCAGAUGACACGAACGGCUAUGUUCACAUCUCCCAAGUAUCGGACGAUCAUGUGGCCGCUCUCUCCAGUUCAUCAGGACCCUGGCGGGUAUCGACGAUUCACCGUGCGCGCGUGACAGGGUACCAUGCGUUGGACGGGCUCCUUCAGUUAUCCUUACGCCCAUCGGUUCUCGAGAAGAGGUUCAUUCAGGUUCGCGAUGCGGAGGUUGGCGAGGUAAUCAAGGGAACCGUCAAGAAGUUAACAGACUCAGCCCUCUUCGUGGAGAUUUCAGGCAACGUCGAUGGCGUUGUUUGGCCAAAUCAUUAUGCAGAUAUAACUCUGAAGCAUCCUCAAAAGCGGUUCAAACCAGGCGGCAGCAUCAAGUGUCGCGUGCUGGCCGUCAAUCCUGAACGGAAUCGUAUCUCGUUAACGGCGAAGAAAACGCUGGUCGAGUCUCCGCUUCCAAUCGUCAAACAAGUGGAAGAUGCUAUAGUUGGAUUGGUCACGCACGCUGUAAUUUUUCGUGUGUCCGACAAGGGCCUUCAGGUUGAGUUUUUCAACAACCUGAAGGCGUUUGUACCCCGCAAAGAAGCAAGUGACAUAAUGGGUGUCGAUCUAUCCGCCACCAUCCCUGUCGGCAAGCCUGUGAAGGUUCGCAUCCUCUCUGUGGAUCCCGCCACCGGCCGUAUCACUGCCAGCAUCCGGCAGGCUGUCGACGCCCAGUCUGCAUCUCCCGUUGCCGAUGUCAACGUAGGCGAUGUGGUCUCUGGCUCUGUCGCCGAGCUCCAUAAGGACAACGUGCUCCUGUCCUUGAAGCCUAGUCAAGCCAAGGGACUAUUAUCUCUGAACAACCUUGCGAAUUACCGAGGCAUUUCUGCCUCACAGCUUCGCGCUUCGCUUGUCACCGGCGAAAUGCUGAACAACUUGGUUGUUGUGUCACGAAAUGCGAACAAAGGCAUUGUUAUCGUGGCAACGAAACCCGUUGUUAGGGCCCCCAUGACGCAAGGCUCGGCCCUCAGCAUGGAUACCGUCGAAGUCGGAUCGGUCGUUGGUGGUCGCGUUCUUCGACAUACCAGGAAGGGUGCAUUGAUCAAGCUGAAUGCGCGCAUCACCGGUUUGCUGCAUCCUACCGAUUGUACAGACAACUUCGAGGAAGGGAACGCGUUCCCGGCCGUCGAUUCCAUCCUCAAGGCCGUUGUAGUUGAGGUGGAUAAGUCUCGGAAUCAACUGGUAUUGUCUAUGAGGCGCUCUCGUAUGGAUCCAACGUCAAACAACACGGUAGAAGACCCCGAGGUCCUUGCCAUCGCGGAUUUGCAAGCCGGACAAACGAUACGUGGUUUUAUCAAGAGCGUUUCUGAACAUGGCUUGUACGUCAUGCUCGGGCGCAACAUCGACGCUCGUGUUCAAAUACGGGAGUUGUUCGAUGAGUACGUCAAGGAUUGGAAGAGCCGGUUCUCACCCAACCAAAUCGUCAAGGGUCGGAUACUUAGUGUCGAUCAGGAUAAGAAGCAGGUGGAAAUGUCGUUCCGUUCUGUCAGUUCAUCCUCGGGGUCCAAAACAAAACUCUUGCUGUCUGACUUGACGGAGGGUCAAAAAAUUGAAGGGAAGGUCAAAAAGGUCGAAGACUACGGCAUCUUCAUCGAAUUAGAAGGAUCCAAACUGAGCGGCUUGUGCCACAAAACUCAAAUUUCCGAUAACCCGGAUGCGGACGUGAAUCUAGCCUUACGUAGUUUCCGUGAGGGCGACAAAGUGAAAGCUAUGGUGCUCUCUGUCGAUCACGAAAAGCGGCGCAUUUCGCUGGGCUUGAAGCCGUCUUACUUCACAGAGGCCGAUUUCGAGUCAGGUGAUGAAUCAGGAUCUGAGACGAGCAGUCACAUAGGGAUUCUCUCGGAAGGUCACAUCGACGAAGAGGCCGUGUCCCCCGAAGAGGACAUGAAUGAUGUCGCGAGUAGCCAUUUCAAUAACGAUGCUGAGAACGACAGCGAUGCCGACCACACCAUGCAAGUUGAUGUGGAAGCUCUUACCACUGGUGCAAACGAUGCACGUCAAGACUAUUCAACUGAACAAUCUACAUCCGCUCCGAAGGAUCUCAUUCUCAAGCUCGAAGGAGGAUUUCAAUGGUCUGCGAAGGAUAGUGCAACUCAUGACGAGGAAUCGGGCUCGGAGUCGUCAGCAGACGAGGACAACGAUGAAUCAGCUACCCAAAGGAAACGAAAACGUCGCAAGCAGAUUGAACAAGAUCUGACUGCCGAUCUGCACAACAAGAUGCCGGAGUCUACCGCUGACUUCGAGCGAGUCUUACUCAGUUCACCAGACUCGUCCUAUCUUUGGAUACAGUACAUGUCGUUCCUACUGCAGAUGUCGGAGGUCGAUAGGGCGCGCGAGAUAGGGCGUCGUGCACUCAGGACGAUCAACUUCCGGGAAGAACAAGAGAAACUGAACGUGUGGAUCGCUCUCUUAAACCUCGAGAAUGUCUACGGAACCGACGAAUCACUGGAAAGUGUUUUCAAGGAAGCCGCUCGCAGCAACGACUCGAAGACCAUUCAUCUGCGCCUCGCUUCCAUUUUCGACCAAAGUGGCAAGCACGAGAUGGCAGAAGAGCAGUACAAGCGGACAGCGAAGAAGUUCGGGCAUAGCUCCAAGGUUUGGACGCUGUAUGGGGAGCAUUAUUUGAAACGUGGUGAACACGAGCAAGCUCGCAAACUUCUCCCCCGUAGUCUGCAAAGUCUCGAGAAACGGAAACACCUGAAAACCAUAUCCAAGUUUGCUCAGCUUGAAUAUAAAUACGGCGAUGCAGAGCGAGGCAGGACCAUCUUCGAAGGCAUCGUAGACUCGCAUUCCAAACGGUGGGAUAUAUGGGCAAUAUACAUGGACAUGGAAGCUGGACAGUCCAAUAUCCAAGGCUUACGUAACCUCUUCGACCGCGUUCUGACUCAGAAGAUGACAAGUCACAAAGCGAAGCGAGUUCCAUCUUUCUUCAAAAAAUGGCUGGAGUUAGAGCGCAGCAUCGGCGAUGAAGAUGGUGCAGAGAUUGUCAAGGCUAAAGCCAUCGAAUGGACGCAGAGAGCGAGUGGAAAUCCUGGUGUCGAAUGAAGCAGUGCCUGCCACUCCUAUGAAUUGGGUUUUCUGUCAUGUCGGUCUAUGGGGUUGGCAUCCAAUUGUAGUUGCAUAUACCAAAACGUGACAGCAAAGGAGACAAAACUGGUAAUACUAAGAUACGGAGACCGAAAGAUCGAAAGAGCGUGCGAUGUGAUCAGGGUAUAGAAAAUAUGCAUUGAUAAAUAGAGAGUAACACUCCUGAGCAUCAGCAUUACGAGCGCGACCUCGCGCGAGAGUGGCUGGACAACGUGGGGUCCGAAUCCGGGUCGCUCAAUGGGCGACGAUUGCUCAUCGAGCUUGCCAACUGUCGCUGCCAGUCGUCGAGUUCAUUAGAUAGGUGCUCAAAGGCGAUCGCGUUCUCCGAACUGGAAGUGCUUGCGCGUCGUUGAGAUAUGUCGGACAUCGGUCGAUCUCGACCGAACGGGGUUUGGUCUACUUCGAGGAGUAAACCGAUUUUGUGGGACAGCUGCUCAUUCUCUCGCUUGAGAAUGAGGUUCUCGCUGCUGAGUUGCUCCGCCAGAGUCUCGUUGUGGCCGCCACGAGCAAUAGCGAGGGACUGCUGAAGGCGCUCCACUUCCUGCUCAAGCUCCUCGAUCCGGGAAAGCCUGUCGUCCGAUUCCCGCUGAGAGGCUAUCAAGCUCUCCCUGAGGUCAACCAAUUCCUUCUCCAGGGAGUCAAGUCGGCUGCGUAGCUCACGGUUGUCAUUCGUGAGCCUCUGUGUUUGUCGUUGUGCGUCGACCAGGUGACCACGAAGGACUUCGUGGCUAUCAUCUGAGGAGGGUGUUCCCCGACCGUUGAUGCCCCGCAGUCGCGAUGAACCAGGAACUGGACUAGCGCCGGAACGAACAGCGUCUAAUUCGGCUUGCAGGUUCCCAUUGAGAGUCUUUUGCUUGGUCAAUUCGUCUUUGAUGCGUCGCAUCAUCUUCUCCGUGCCCUUGACGUAAUGCACUGCGAGCUGGUAAUCCUCUUCGAGCUGCUGUAAGCGAGCCUUGUAGCUUUGCUCGGUCUCCUCCAGGCGACGUUCGGCUUCCGCGGCGCGGAGCUCUGCGUUGCUAUCCCCGCCCCUACGCAUGGCAGGGCUCUGAGUGGAGCGGACACGGUCUAGCUGAGCGGAAAGCGCAUCUACUUGUGCUUCCGCCUCCUGCUUCUGCCGCGCAACAAGAUCCAGUUCCCGCUCGGUAUCCUCCUGGAGGCGAGCGCGCUCCACUAGCUGAUCUUCCAGCUCGAUCACUCGUGCACCGGUGGAGGUAGUACCAAUCUCGCUCUCGUCGACCACGAUACCGUUCUCCGCCAGGUAGUUGCGCAGCAUGCCGAGGUGUAUGGUCGCUUCGGAGGCUUCCUUCGAUUUCAGCACGAACUCCGAGUCCUUUGCAGCGAGGUCUUUCCGAAGACGCCCGUUGUCUGCCACGGCGGCAGACAGUUGUGUCCUGAUACCCACCAGCUGAGCACCGAGACUGAGACAUUCCGCUUCGGCGUCUUGAUUCCGCCGGCGCUCCUGAGCAAGCUCGUCAUGGGUAGUCUCCAGUCUCUGUUCCAUGUUCCGGAUCAUCUUCCUCAGCGAAUCCACCUCCGCCUCCAUGGCCUGAAUCUUUUCAGCGUGACCGCGUGUCAGUCGGUCUUCGUCAGCUUGAAGAUCCUUGUGCGAGUCCAGCAAUUCGCCCAAGCUACCGCUGGUAAGAGCACGGAACGCAUCCGCCUCUUCACGAGACCUCGCCCAGGAAUCUUCCGUCUCGACGAGCCGCGACCUGACGGCAGCCAGCUCGCUAUUGCGCGUCUCGAGUUCUCCACGUAAAUCGGCCAUGUCUGCUUCAAGCUGCAUGAUCUGUUCUCUCGAUCGCUGGAACUGCGUGUCCACCUCCUCGGCCCGGCGAGAGGCCGCGUCCAGGGCGGUCCGAGCCUGAUCCAGUGCACGAACGUGUUGCUCACGCGAGCGCACGAGAUCCUCCAGUUGGGUCUGAGCGGAAGAACGCUCGGCUUCCUUUUGCUCGAGCAGCGAGUGGUGACUUAACGCUCGGGCUUCAUGGUCCCGCAGAGCCGACUCAACCGUUGCGUGUUUGUUGCGAAGAUCGUCGUGGUCGCGAGUAACGCGCUGAUAAGACUCUUCUAUGCGCUCCGCACGGUGUAUGGCAUCGGCAGCGCGCGCUUCGGCAUGCUCGUGCAACCUAUCCUUCGACUCCAAAGCCCUGGUCAGCUCGGCAACCUCACUGUCCCGCGCAGCCUUUUCGGCCACAAUAGCCGAUAUCUGCCGCUCCAACAGAGCCACGCGUUCACGCUCGACGCGAGCAAGGUCGGAGGGCGCAGACGCUUCGAGCGCCGCUAGCUUGGCUCGGUAAUACGCGGCCUCCUGUAUGGCACUGGACCUUGCCCGCUCAGCCUCCGAUACGCGUUCCGACGCGAGGCGAGCCUGCUCGACUACCGUGGUCUGUAUCUGAGCCUUCAGCUGCUGCAAGUUGAGAACGAUCUCGGCAGCCCGCUGCUCCUUGCCCGCGUCGCCAAGGGGUGGCGUGACGACGCCGUUCUCCGCGAUGCCAGGAUCGCUGUACACGAAGCCCGACUGCCUCGCCUUUGCGAGAGCGUUCUUGAACCACUGCUCCCGCUUUUUCAUCGCCUCCACUUCUGCGUCCCUUGCCUUUAGGUCCCGGAUGAGGUCCGCAGUGAUGUUACCCGCCGAUCCGCCCGCCGUGCGACCAUGGCCAUUUCCGUUGACGACAGGGGCACCUUCCACCUGUCCCGCGGGGUAAAACGCAUCGGGGUGCGGUCUGCUCCUAUCGACAUUCGGCGAAGGGCUCCGCCCGUUCAGUCCGCCACUCUUCGACAGUGCUAUCGCGGCCAUGUUCAUGGGCUGCGCUGUCAUUUCCGAAACGUAUCCCGCUUCGGGGGAUAUUGAUCUCCCAGUCACCGAGGCGGAGGGGCUCUUGGCGCGUUGGUCGGGCGAAAGUGCGCGCUCUCGGGCCACCGACUCCGUGGUGACCGCGUCUUCCGACUCGUAGCCGCGAAUAUCAUCGUCCGAUCUUCUCGGGCGCGGAGGCGCUCGGCCCUUCGGGUUCGGGAAAGGUUGCUGCACGAUGCCGUUCGCAGGCUUGACCCCCGGCCGGGGCAGAUUAGGAGACAUGGAGCGCUCCACUUGCUCGACGCUAGGAGAUUCCGAGCGGACGCCGUUCGGGCCUUGACCGGGUUGAAUUGUGGAAGAAAGAUCGGUAAGAGAACCUUGCGCCCGGGCGGACUGAUUGCGACCAAGGUUUGUGGACUUGCGAGGGUCGGCGACAGGCUGCCCCUGCUGCUGUCCCGUUUGCGGAGCUUUCUGAGUUUCCGGAUACUUGAUAUGUUUCGUAUCCAACACAUUGAUCAUGGCAGGAUCAUCUGCAGAGCCGAUCGACGGCGCUUCGCCACCCAGGACGAAUACUCUCGUUCCUAGAGAAGCCAUUGCGUGGCCCGACCGAGGACUUGGCGCGGGCCCCAUGUUCUGGAACGUGAACCAUCGUUGAGUCGUGAGUUUCAACGCGGUAAGGUCUCCGAGAUCCUUCCCAUCCACACCGCGCCCUCCAAACACAUACAUGACGUCGUCGACCAGGCAGGCGGCAUGCCCUUCGCGCUCCUUGGGAAUGUAUCCAGAGCACUUGAGAUCCGUCCAUGUACGAGUAUUGGUGUCGAACACCCAAGUGUCCUUGUAAUGUUUGUCGCCAUCUGUUCCACCAAAGACUACAAUCUUGUCGCCGUAUGUGACGCAGGCGUGUCCUGUCCUUUUCGGUGGUCGCACGUCCGUCGCGGGCUCGUAGAGCUCCCAAGCCGCUCUUGUACGCAAUGAAUUAAGGUCGAAAGCCCAGAGGUCACCGAGAAAUUCGCCGUCGACUUGGCCUCCGUAAACGAAAAACUUGGAGCCGACCAUGGUGACGGCGUGUCCAUACCGUCCCUUCGGACUCGGACCCGAAGUGUUGACGUUCGUCCAUUCUCUCGACACGAGGUUGAGCAAAUAUAGGCCGUCGUCCUCCUUCUCGGGCUUGACGCCCCUCUCCGACUUGGUUUCCCCUCCCCAAACGAUCAAAACGCUGCUGACGAUGGCAGCUUUGUGGCCCACUCGGGGCGACGGAGUCUCUCCAGCCGUCUGAACCAACGUCGCGGACAGGUCGCGAGUCGAGAAUAUGUAAAGGUCGUUUCGCACUUGCGAGCCGACGAGGCCUCCGAAAAGGAACAGUUCUCCGUUCCCGGUCGCGGCCAUGGGCAUGGCGUGGCCAUAGCGGGGGAACGGCGAGGGGGAGGGCGAGGUGGGCGGCGCUACGCC